GAAGUCAGCUGACAGUUUGUGGAAAUUAAUAUCUAUUUAACUCCAGGAGUUACUUUAUUACAUACUUGACUGCAAAUACUCUAUUUUUGGAUAUGAUGGUAAUUAUCAGGUAAAUUAUCGGAAUUGAUACUGUGGACAAGAGUUCUGAAUCCCCACUCCCUAGUGAGUUACUCGAUAAAGUCAUCUUUAAUGUUGGUUGUUCAGGACUAAAGACAUCAGAAUGGGAAACUUUGGUGGACAUGCACUUCCUGGAUCCUUUUUCCUCAUUUUUGCUAUAUGGUACACAGUAAACAUCUUCCGAAAAUAUUACAUCUGCCGACAGCGGAACCAGCGUUUUACAUCAUGUAUUGCUUAUCCAUGUUUUUGCCUCUGUGGAAGAUUGAAGGAAUUUCCAUUGGAAGGUUGCUGCAAAAUUUUGUUAAUAUCUGUUGGUCUGUUUCUAGAAAUCUAUACUGGCAUGCGUAAUGGACAGUUUGUUGCUAUUGGUAAUGGCCAGCAUGCAACCAUGUUCUUCUUCUUUGGGUUGACAGGGAUUAUGGAUAUUUUAGUUCACUAUCGUGCUCCUCUCCCACCAGAUGUGGACUACAUAAGCAACAUUUUGGCCUUUGCCGUCGAAGGCUUGCUUUUCAAAUUCCACCUUCAUGGCCGGACAGACCUGGAUGUGUUGCUACAUACUUUCCUGCUUUACAUUAUUGCUGCCAGUGUAUUUUCAUUGCUCUUGGAGAUGCGUUUCCGCCACAAUGUAUUGGCUACUCUUGCUCGGGCUUACUUGUUUUUCCUCCAGGGCACUUGGUUUUGGCAUGUGGGCUACAUCCUGUACAAUCCAGUCAGUUCUGCUGGGAGGUGGGAUGAGGAAAACAAAGAACAAAUGAUGCUGGCCACAUUAUACUUCUCAUGGCAUGUCGGAGCGGUGUUUGUUUUUAUGCUUCUUAUUGGGGCUGUUAUUGCAUGUUUGUACAGGAAUGGCACGAUGGUCAGUGAUGAGGAUGACAUCGCAAUGAAGAGGCUGAUCCACACUGGUGCCAAUGGACAGACUUUGGUCAGCCUCAACGAUGACACUGACAGUGAUGUAGACAUUGAGUUUGAAAAACCAGUGUCCAAGUAAGGUGCAUUCUCAUUGUAACUUGCAAUUACAGACAGCAGCAGGUUGUUGGACUGCAUUGAAAAGUAUAUGAAACAGAACAUUACGACUUGGAGUUUAAGCAACCUUUGCUUUUCUGAUUACAAGUUGGAAUGCUAGAAACCGAGAAGCAGUUCUAGAAAUUAGUCUCAAAAUUAGACUUGAGGUGUAAUGUUUUUUUAACAGCAGUGUGGAAAACUUGAAACAAACACUGAUAAAAGAAUCAGUUUUAUAUUAUAAUAGCUCCUGAGGAAUUCUCUAAAUAUAUUAUGAAUACUGUCAAGUAUGAGAUGAAAAGCAGAAACUACUUGUGCAACUGAUCAUCAGAAGGCAUACAUAUUGAGUGUGAGUGUUCACUCGCCUUUCCUGGCGAAGACUUUAUUGUGCAGCCUGCCUCCUGUCAGUUCAAACCUGCUCAUAAUUAACUCAGUUGUGAGGAAGAAAAGAAUCUAUCUUGACUGUCUGUUGAAAACAAGAUAAUCCGAUCCUAUACAGCCAAUUGCUUGAAAUUGGCCUUGACGACUUUGUGGCAGAACAGUUGUAUUUUGAAUAUUGGAAUAUUCCUAUCCUCAUGGACAUGAGUAUUUUAUUAUUUUCUUGCAUAUCUAACAUCUUACAUUUGUACAGGGCUUUAAACGGCCUGUGGUCAGGUCGCAUUUGGACCAAUGUCCCAUUUGAGCAACUUGUAUAUUAAAAAAUAAUGGUGUUAGUCACCCAAAUAAUAUUGUUUGGGCGAUCUUCUUUAGAGCUAUAACAUAUGAGCCACUAUUAAUAUUUGUAUUGCAUAUGUUUAUUCCACAUUAAAAUCUUGCUCGUGGUUCGCUUACCAUAAUUUGCCAACAUCCAUUAUGUUUUUGGUCACCAUAUUUUUUAGCAUGUUUUGAGCCCUGUUGUAAUAUUAAAUUUAUUUUAAAAAUAUAUUGAAACACUAGAUCAGUGACAUACAGCAGGUCUUCUAGAUUAUGAUAGUCCCACUCCCAUGGCUAGUGAUAUUCAGUGUUGGGUUUGUAAAUACCUACUAUAAUUAGCCCAACGGCUAGUGGAAAAAAAACCUUGUCAAAUGUUGUGGAUACAUAUUUUGUAAAUAUGAAUAUCCUGCCCCCUCUUUCCACUCCGAAUCUAAAGAUUUUUAAGCUUUAUCUCCCCCUUUAAGUGACAUAUCUGAUUAUUACUAUUAGUAAAAUUGUAUUUAUUUAAAGUAGGGCUAUUGAUUUUUAAUCAUGGCUAGUACAUUUAAAAAAAAAAAUGAUCCCAUGGCUAGUGAAUUUUUAUAAAAUUCUAGAAGCUCUGCAUACAGGUAAACGACUAUAUAAUCACUGUUUCCCCCACUCCUCUCUUGUGAUCACUGGUACAUUUAUGUUUGUUAAAGGUUUCAGCAUUUAUCAAAUAACCUGCCUGAUGCGCGGUUGGUCUGGGAUCGAUCUCUGUCUGUGGGCCCAUUGGGCUAUUUCUCGUUCCAGCCAGGCACAUUUUAUUUCAUUUCACUAAAUGAGCCCUCUGCUGAGCAGGUAACACUUAACGCGUCACUUCAGGUCUUAGUCUUAAAACUGAGGAACUAGAGUACCGGUCUGGUGAUUUCCAUGAUAAAACAGACAUGCAUUGCAAUGUUUUGUUAUAACAUCCAUUCCAGUAUAAUCUUAAAUAAGUUUACAUUAUUUGCCUAAUCAAAGUAAACUACCAUUAUCAAUUGUGCUACAAAACGGAAUGAAAUGACUGUCCAACAAUGUAUUAUGUUUUGUCCUCAAAGCAGCAAGUUCAGAAGCCUAUAUAUGUACAUACUGAAUUGAUAAAAUUACUGUUCACUUAGAUAAAUGGUCUGUUCUUUCAGUUGUCUUCACCAGUGAUUUCUGCAAAUGUGUAUUUGGUAGUUUAGAUUACCAGUCAUCUGGUAGGGGUGCCACCAUCUUACCAUAAAAAGGUAUUGUGAUGUAUAUUUUACCAAUCUGAUGUGUCAAGGCAUUUCCUAAUGUAUGUUUUAGUCUGUUUAAUGGUAUAGAAAAACUAUAGACAUGCACUAACAUUAUUGGUAUGUAAUGGAUCACAAAUUGUGUCACGGUAUUUCUCCAGAGAAAUUAAAACAUUCUCCAACAAAUAACCUGUAAACGCUAAAAAUAGUAAAAUGUAUCAGCUAUUUUGAACUAGAUCAUGAGGUUACUUUGUUUCUGUAAUUCUAUAUAGGGAAUAACUGGUUACUGUCUUAAGAUAUCGGCUUUAUCCUGCGAAGGUUAGAAUGGCGAAUGCAGAGAGGCACUGCCGAGCUGCAUUUGUCAUUUGUCCUGAGCAGGAUAAAGCUAAUAUUUUAAGACGGUAAACAGUUAUUUCUUUUCCUGCAAUACUACAGGAAUAUUAGGAAAAUCACUAUUUAUUUCAGUUUUGUGUACACAAUUCGAGUAUUGGCAACCUAGCAAGGCGUUUGCCGUAUGACGUCAUACAAGAUACAUGACAUCAUUAUUUGUAAGACGCUCGCUACAUUCUGUCACAUUAAAAAACUAU